AUGGAUUUUCUUCUUGAGCAGCCAUGGGGGCUGAUAGCCUUCGCAGAGUUUAUCCUCGUCCUUCUGUCAACUUACAUGAUUCUGCCGAUGUAUCUUCGAGUGUCGAACACCUUUUACGGCGCCUUUUAUAGAGAGAUGAUAGCAGAUGACGAGAUGAACGAUCAAGACGAUGCCAACAUUCUAAUUCAUUCCAACUCCAGAAUCUCCUGCUUCGUCCAAUCCUUCUUUGUGACAGUCGGCGCCUACUAUCUCUGGUGGGUUGGUGCGCUCAAUCUCUACGAGCCGGCACAAACUGGAAACGAUCUCGUGAAACUUCUUCUUGCCGUGCAUCUUGGACACACGGGCACGGAGUUCGUAAACGUUUACAUCAAAUCAGAUUGGAAACAAAGAAACUAUGACUUCUUCACUAACUACCACAUGUACAUCAAAAUCAUUAAAUGUUUAUGCUUCAUUGAUGCUUUGAAAACUGCGAAUUAUGGGCUUAUUCUCGCCUGGCGAUUGAUGAUGGAGCUUCAAACCUUCUGGGAAUGCCCUCUCUAUUUCUACUCCACUGCCUACUGCAUGUUCGAAGAUGACAUUUUCAGCACAAUAAGCACCUUCGCUUUCAUGGGCUCAAUCGUUCUUGGAGCUAUCACUAGAAUUUGGUUCUGGUGGUGCUUUUUCGGAUUCUUCCCCGCACUCGAUAUUGGAUUUUAUUCCAGCUCGCUACUUUUCCUUAACUGUUUCCUUCUUGAUGGAUGUUUCUUUGCACGCGUUGUGGCCACCCAGUUGGGUGAGUAG